CCAGGUCGCGAGUGGGAGCCCCAGGCGGAGGCUGGCGCCUGCGGUGCCACCGCACCACCCUGGGUGCGUUUUCGCACGCUGCGCAGCGAGCGGCGGCGCGCACUGUCCUCCGAGGUUUCUGCCUGCCGUCCCUUGCGCGUGCAUUGCCCCCAAGGAACCUUUGAAGUGGCCACGACUCCUAUUUUAACGGAAAAAGUGGAGGUGAGCCCCAGAGAGAAGGCCCGUUUGCUCUCCACUCUGCAGCCUGGUGGUAGAAGAGGAGCCUGGAUCUAAAGGUGCUGUCUUUCAACCCUAAUCCUUUCACCAAGAAUGAAGCUAUUUAAAAAUUAAGAUGCCAACAGAUCACGAGGAGCCCUGUGGCCCCAGUCUCAGGUCAUUUUGCCUGAAUGGGGGGAUAUGUUAUGUGAUUCCUACUAUUCCCAGCCCAUUCUGUAGGUGCAUUGAGAAUUACACAGGAGCUCGUUGCGAAGAGGUUUUUCUCCCAAGCGCCAGCGUCCAAAGCAGAAGUAACCUGUCGGCAGCAUUCGUGGCCCUGGCGGUCCUCGUCACCCUCACCAUCGCAGCGCUCUGCCUUCUGUGCAGGUCACAGAGAUCACUGAAGGCACGCCCAGUGAAGGGCACUAUUGCGGUCACCUUACAAAGGCGGAAAGCAAACCGUAUGGUGAGAGAAGGUCACCAACGCCUGCUGUGUGUCCACCAUCACAGGUCACCAGCGCCUGCUGUGUGUCCACCAUCACAGGUCACCAACGCCUGCUGUGUGUCCACCAUCACAGGUCACCAGCGCCUGCUGUGUGUCCACCAUCACAGGUCACCAACGCCUGCUGUGUGUCCACCAUUACAGGUCACCGAGUCUCCUCCCCUAAACAGCUCUCCUGUUCCCAAAUUCAACUCUCCCUCUCCCCGUGGACCUGUGACAACCACUGAUGUCUUCACUUCGUUCUUCCCGGACUCUAGCGCUGCAGUCUUACGGAGCAACAUCACAAGGAAGACCAAAGCUGUAAAAUUUAUCAACAGGCAGUGCUGAAGAAGCCUAACUCUGAUGUUCUUAAAGGACAAUAAAUACAAGUUUAAUUUUUUGACUGCAAGCAGAAUUGUGUUCAGUGAGCCUCUUGGCAACAGCAAAAUGGAAUGAACUGGUACAUUAGCAAUUCCUUUUCUUGUCUAUUUUUUGAGACAGGGUGUCACUCUGUAGCCUUGUCUGGCCUGGAAGUUAUCAGUGUAGACCAAGCUGGCACUGAAUUCAAGAAAUUCUCCUGCCUCAUAUUACUGGCAUACAAUAUCAAACUGAUUCCUCAAAUUUGUUGUAAAAAGCCAAGUCAUAAGAACCUGAAGUCGUUUCCAUUCACCCUAGGAGAAAAGCAAAGUGCACAGGCUUACUUCUCAGAAGUCAGUGAAGACAAGUUGUCCACCUGGCCUCCAGCCAAGAUGAUGUUCAUAUUGCUGAAAGUGCUGACCACUCGCUGCAGGUAAUUAUUGGCUCCCACCUUACAGCAGUUAUAGCCAAAGACAAGGACCACACGAAGCUCAGGGUUAUCCAGAAGACCUGCAGAGAAGUGAGAGAUAAGACAGCCUUAAAACACAACGAGCUGUUAGUUAUUCCUGCUGACUGACUGGCACCAGUGUGUGCUGUGCAGCACUGAAGUUCCUGGUUUCCAUUAAUAAAAACCUAAACAGCUAUUUGAAUAUAAGCCAGUCAACGCCUCACACAAGCAAGGACACAGUUUAUAGACAGAACAGCAGCCUAGCGGACCAUGUUGGGUGGUUCCACCUUCCAACUCCACACGUGCCAGUGACCUAGAGUUUACAACGUGGUCUAAAAGCAGCUCUACCAUUACCAGGCAGCAAGGCUCAAGGGACCAGUAGUGUCUCAUUCCCCGAGCUCCAAGCUUCCACCAGAGUCUCUGGCAACCUAUUUUCACAGCAUUCAUUUGAAACCGAACAGUAUUACAACAGGUGGCUUCUGGGACAGGAAGAAAAUGCAGCCCCUAACUAGACAGAUGUUUCCAUUGACUCAGCCACAUGCCUUCCAUGGUGAUGAAAGGAAGGAUCCCUCAGCAAGACUGAAGCAGCUAGAAGGAAAGGAAAGGAGCCCUGCCAACCACAAUGCUCAGGCUUGACCAAUUAAAAAGCAAGAAUCCCAGCACAUUAGCAUCUAAGUCCAAACUAGUGACCUAGAGUUCCGUCUUAUCAAAUGCCUGUCCUGUGAUGCCAGCUUAACUUCUCAGCAAUCCUUUGGUGACAGUUUUUGUAAAGACAAUGACAUGUGACUUUUUUCUGCGUAGCCCACAUCCACUCUCCCUGAAUAUCUCUCAACCCCCAUGCUGAAAUUUAUAUUAAAAGCCUUCUUUAACUCUGCUUUACACUAGCUCAUCCUGGAAUUCUUUUUUAUGCUGAAAUCUAGGAAACUUUACCUUUAUGUCACAGCAUGGAGCUGCUGACACGACAAUCAAUUACUGACAAAUAAAACUUUAGACUCUGCCCCUGGGUCAGUUCUAACUCCCCACAUAGUAAACCUCAGGUGUGCACAGUUCUGAAGGUUCCUCCCUCUUACAGAUGAGUCUGGCACAUGGAGACCCACCCUUUUCUUUUGUGGAACACAUUUUUCUGAGUAGGAAGAAGUCUGUCGAACAACAUUCAAGUCUAGUUUAGAAACGGGUGUCAAUUCCAGGACGUGAUCACUUGGGCUAAUGGCAUGGUUAUUCAAGAGAAGUCAAUGUGAAGAGACUGCAGAAGAUGUGCACCUGCCAUCAACCUCUGGUCUCCACACAUGCUCCUGCAACAUACGUGCACAUGGAAAAGGGGAAAGUAGUCUCACCAUCCUGAAGCUCAAGCCUGCUUUCUAAAUAGUCUCACUAUGGGGACAGAGUGCCUGCACCUGUCCAGCCUUCUACGGCGCCCACACGCAGGGCUUCGAGCAUUAGCUGCCCAUACCUUACUGCUCGGCUCUAUCCCUUCCACAGCCACGCUUACUCUCCUGUUUACACCGCUCGGGACGGUGUAAGUGCUGUUCUCAGUAUGUAUAUUCCAUCCUUUAAGCCACAAACCCAAACUUUCCCAUUUUUCUAUUGCAGGUCUUUAAGUUGGGUCAAGCUUAACUUUUCCAAACCUACUUCCUUGUCUGUAAAGUGAAACUAACCUUUAAAAGUUCAAGGACUCAACAGCUGAUUUGCAUAUUAGCAACAAGGAAACCUGACAGGUGGGGAAUUAUUAUGUGCCAUGUCUGCGUGCUAAUACAUCACCGAGGUGUAUGUCUUCAGGCGAUCAUCUACACACAGACGUGGAGUUAGCACUAAGUCAGUCUGAGGAGCACAGUGGUAGUUUUAGCCCAAUCAUCCGCUUUGCAGAUGGAGACGAUGAAAAGCCUUCACACUGCUUUGCUGAAGUAGCCAGCUGCCUAUGUAUCAAGUAAGUUUCCCCAUCAAAGUCUGACACUAGACCUACUUCAGUUCGCCAUACUUGUUUUCUGAAAUCUGGGAGAAAUCCUGUUUAUUUCCUCACACUUCUUCAAGUCCAUGCCUUCCCUUCCGCGCCAACCCUUUUCUUCUAAAAACUUGUAUAAUAAAUGGUUACUAGGGAUAUUUUUAAA